CCCACUACAAACUUUUUCGCGCGGAAACUUUCGCGGGAAAUCAGAGGAGUUCCUGGCUGUGCUGUGUGAAGUCUCUCCGCUCGUCGUCAUGGAUCCCUUCCAGCUCCAGAAAAUGCAGACUUCAAAUCAAAAUAGAUUUGGGAGAUUUCGAAAUGUGAAGUUAAUCCCCAUGGAGACCUCGUCCUCUUCUGAUGACAGUUGUGACAGCUUUGGCUCUGAUAAUUGUGCAAACACGAAAAACAAGUUUAGAGCCGGUACAAGCAGAGAAUUGGCCAGAUUAUUCUCCGAUGAAUCGGAAGGGGAGCCUUUUUCUGGAUUUUCGGAAGAUGAAAUCCGGAACGGGAUGAAAAUUGAAUCGGAUUCAGAAGAAGGCAGGCCGAUGAGAACUCUAAGGUCCACAAGAGCACAAGCAAAAAAGAACACAUCUCUAAAAGUGGCUCUUAAGUUCCCACCUAAAAAAGGCCCAGCCAAAAACCCUGCUAAAAAUCCUCCUAAAAACCCUCCUAAAAAAGAAAAGAAGAAAGUUGAGACUGAAGAUGGUGAUUCUGACACUGAGAGUGGAACCAAUUUCUUAGAGAAGAGGGCCAUGAACAUAAAACAAAACAAAGAAAUGCUUGCAAAGUUGAUGGCAGAGUUGAAGAGCAUACCUGAAUUUAUGAACUUCAAAAGCCCAUUCUCACCAUCUACUCCUCCUAAAGUAAAGCGAACACCUAGAAGUGUACCAUCAGGGGGACACAUGAGGAGGAACCCAGAAAGAGCCUCUCGUCCCCACACCCGCUCUCGAUCUGAGGUUGAUGGCCCGCCUAGCCCUGGUCUUGAUGACGAGGAGGAUGACCGCUACUAUUUGGUUAGGAAGAGAAAGAUGGAAGAAUAUGAUGAUGACGAUGAGAAUUAUGUUCCACGGUUCCGCCGCCAAACUUCCUUGUCUCUGCCACACAUUAUAAGACCAGUGGAAGACAUCACAGAGGAGGAGCUGGAUGCAAUAUGUUUCACCGCACGAGACAAGGUCUACAAUAGGGCGACUGGUUCAACCUGCCAUCAGUGUCGUCAGAAGACCAUUGACACCAAAACCAACUGCCGAAAUACUGAUUGUGCAGGGGUGAGGGGCCAGUUCUGUGGUCCCUGCCUAAAGAACCGUUAUGGAGAGGAUGUGAGAACUGCGUUGCUAGAUCCUGAGUGGCACUGCCCACCAUGCAGAGGAAUAUGUAACUGCAGUUUCUGUCGACAGCGGAAUGGUCGUUGUGCCACUGGCGUGCUUGUUUACCUCGCAAAGUACCAUGGUUAUGACAAUGUACAUGCAUAUCUGAACAGCUUGAAACGUGAGCUUGAACAGGAGGACUGAACACUGGGUCUAUAUUGUGAUGGAAAGCAGAAUUGUUGGCUACAUAGCUGAAAUUGAUGUUUAAUAUCUUCAGUUUGGAAGAUUAUCUAUACGUCGAUGUUGGAAGACAAAUUUUUUAUUUUAAUGACUGAGGGACAAUGUGACAGUGCUUAUAACUCACCAAGAAGGAUCUAUUCAUGUGGUAUGAAUAGGGGGGUCCUCCUUGCUGAGCUGUUGUAUUCUGACGUCAAUUGGUAGAUUCAUUUUUGUGCAACCUCCCUGCCCAUACAUGGAUUGAAAUUCGGGUGAAUUUUGAUCCAUGUAAAGCCAGCUGAGGUCCGACUCCCUCCCCAGUCCCUCACAGCCCUUGUUCCAUUACUAUCAUUAAGGGGCUUUCAGUUAUUGGAGAGCAUAAGGGGGAUGUUGGUUACCUCAUCCAUUUGAGUAAGCCCAGACUUCCAGAGUAUACCUUGCUGGGUGGGGGUAAGUUAUCGUAAGGAAUUGUCACUGACCUCAAUAGGUAGGGGACAGUUUCUUUAAACUGAACCACUGCUUUUUGCUUUCCAUUUAACUAGGGAACCCUAUAAUAAUCUAAAACGGAUCUUAUUUGAAUGAGUACUUUGGUGUUAGAAGCUGGAGUGAAUUGUAGAAUACAACAGAUCUGUUUGAUUAAAUCAUGGGUGUCCUUCAAAGUGUGUAACCUUCAGAAUAAGAUUUCUAGAAAACACUUGUUCCAUUUGUCUACUGUAUUAAUGUAUAUAAAAAAGGCCACUUGACAUGAAUGCAUAGUUUUAUAUAUCCAUCUAGGCUAACUGGCGGUCCGAAUUUAGUUUGAUUAUGCAGAUUUUAUGUAAUUCCUGCAUAGAUUCAGCUAUUGCUACUAAAUUUCGUUCCAUUGUUUUUUAAUUUUUAAAAAAACUGUCGGGUUUAAGCUAUUUUUUGUACCAGCAAACUUUUAUCGUAUCGUAAGCAUGCUUUUAAAAAUAUAGAAAAUCACAAGAUUUUUUUUUUAGCUUUUAAUGCUUUGAUUUAUUUGAAAAGCAAUGCAUCUAAAGAUGGCUUUAGCUUUUUUUUUUUUUUUGUACAAAGUAUUGUAUAUUUGUAUAUUGGCAGAGUUUCUCUUAGAAACAUAUACUGUAAAAAUUUCCUUACUACAUAGUAAGUAUAUGCCCCUCCAUGCAAAAAAAGCAGAAUAAUAUGCCUUGAAAAUAGUUCCUAUCUAUUUUGUAAUGGCUCUAAACAAAAUAACCUAUGUAAAGUACUUAGUGUUUUUUUUUUUAAAUUGAAGUCACUGUCUUCAUUGGAUGGAUUUCUCUGCUAAAUUCAAAUGCAAUAAGGGGGGAGGAGUCAGAAAGAGUGGGAUAAAUGACAAUAAAAAUGAGAACGUUUUCACUUUCCAUCUAAAGCUGCAAAAAGUAGUUUUCCCUGGAAUAAAGCGAUGCGGUAAUGUGGUCCAUUCAGGUCAAAUUGAAGGACCUAGUUGUACUAGUAAUCUUGCAUUGAGUCUUCCAUCAGAUGGAAAACCAGUUGCUUUUGUCUAUAGGGAAGCAUGUGACAUCCCGUUGAAUCCUAGUGAUUGGCUGCUUGACCCCUGCACAGUCGCAUGCCAGGGUGAUAUUGGCAUCCCCUUAGUCUCAAACAAGUGAUACAAUGAAUUCCAAUGCCAGUUGGAGUGGUAACCACAACAGGAAAGGCAGGGGAACUUUUAUAAUUACUGUCACUUUUGUCCAUGUUCAAGUGAAAUGUUUUUAUAGUAGUGAGAUAACUUUAUGAUCCAAAAUGGAUAAAUAUAAGCUGUUAAUGUGUUGCUUGCUUGCGUAAGUUGCUGUAGAGAAUUAGGCGAUUAGAUUUUGAUUUUAGUCUUUAUAAGAAUUGCUUCUAAGGCUUCAUUUACACCAGCGAUUAGGGCCGGUACGAAUGAUAACAGUAGGGAUCUUCUGACACCUGUUGCAGCUCUCAUUAGCUAGGUGUGGCUGCAGCUAUUCGUACACAGUCAGCGAUCACCACAGGCAGUGAAUAGCUGUGCCUGUCAGGGACCAGUUGUUAUAGUGAACAGGGCCGAUGGCCACACCUAGCAGCUGAGAGACACAAAGAAGGAAUCUGCUUUCUGCUGCUACUAUUGGCUCCAGCCCUAAUCGUCAGUGUGAAUGUAGCCUAACCGUUCUGAUUCCAAGAAUUGGACCUCUGAAGCCUGAUUUACAGCCAUUAUAUUUUCAGUCAUUUAAUUCAGUGUGUUACUUUAUGGUGGAUGGUGACAUUGUAGGCACUCUAAGAAGAUUUAUCACUGGAAUCUCCUGUGAUACAGAACACACUGAAAAAUAUUUGGGUAGUCUCUGCCCUGAACAGUGAUUUUUCUCUUCCUUGUGAAAACAAAAAAGUGUCUAUGAAAGAGUUGUGAGUUUUGUAAUAUGUUAACCUUUCCACACAUGGUUAAAUAAAGUAUCUACAUUAUA